GUGUAUAAAUACUCCUGUCCUGUUCUCCAUUAGUCACCGCAACCCUCCUAACCGUCACUGCCUUUUACACAAGACUCUAUUUUCCUCAUCUACGCCUAUAAUUUCUCCCUUCCAUUCACCAUCUUUCUGUCUUAGCACAUUCGUAUCUCUUCAACCAAGAAAUCUGAUAACCAUGCUUUCACGCAUUCCCGAAUCCGAUCAAUUACAACUCAUUGACAAACUCCAUGUUUUCAAGAUCCAAGGUCGUGAUAAAUGUGGCCGCAAGAUUCUCCGCAUCCUCGGAAAACUCUUCCCUGCGAGGGUUGUGAGUGUUGAUGUUUUGAAGAAGUAUUUGGAGGAGAAAAUAUUUCCUGAGUUGGAGGGGAAACCUUUUGCUGUGGUGUACGUGCACACCGAUGUUGAGAAGUGCGAAAGUUUUCCUGGAAUUUCAGCCCUACGAUCUAUCUACGAUGCCAUUCCGAUCAACGUCCGACAGAACCUCGAGACUGUGUACUUCGUACACCCAGGCCUUCAAGCCAGGAUCUUCCUUGCCACCUUUGGCCGCUUCAUGUUAGCCGGAGGCUUAUAUGGGAAGCUGAGGUAUGUGAGGAGGGUGGAUUACUUGUGGGACCACAUAAGGAGGAACGAGAUACAGAUUCCUGAUUUCGUUUACAAUCAUGAUGAAGAUCUCGAGUACCGUCCGAUGAUGGACUAUAAUUUGGAGAGUGAUCACCCUAGGGUCUACGGUGCGCCCGAGGUGGAUUCCCCUGUGGCUAUGUACUCAAUGAGGUGCAUUUCAUAGUGAAAUGUGAUUUAACGUUUUGCUAGAGUCGGUGGAAGCCUUUUGGGUUCUCUUUUUGGUGGAUGUUGUUUGUGUAAAUAUUGUAGAGAAUGUGAAACUGAAUCAACGAAAGUAUGGUUUUUCGUUUAAGAAAAAUUAUAAUUGCAUCCCUUAUAGUUACCCCCGAGU